GGGAGGGAAGGCCAUGGCCAUGGAGAGAGUCCACACCAUGCACACCACGGCCAGGCAGGUCCAGCCCGUCAUGCGCUUGGCAUAGAAGCGGUGGUGGGCGAUGGCCAUGUAGCGCGUGACCCCCACGCAGAAGAGCAGGAAGGCGGCGUGGAAGCAGAAGAGCACGGCCAGGAAGGCCAGCACCUUGCAGCUGAGCAGCCCGUGGGGCCAGGCAGCCCCGCUGCGCACCGACAGCAUGACGAAGGGGAAGCAGGCCAGCGAGCGGAGCCCAUCGGCCAAGCAGAGGUCCAGCAGCAGGUAGUAUGGGGCACGGUGCAGGUGUCGGUCCUUGAGGAUGAGCCAAGCGAAGAGCACGUUGCCCGCCAGGCUCACGCAGAGGAUCAGCCCCAGGGUGGCCAGCUUCAGCCCGGAGGCGCUCAGCAGGCCGCCGGCGCUGGGCAGGUGCGGGCUGCUGCUGCUUCCCAGCUCGCUGCUGUUCGCCAUCGGGUCCUUCCUCCUUUUCCUCCUCCUCCUCCUCCUCCUCCUCCUCCUCCGCGCGGCAGGCCCGGGGGCUCAGCGCCGCGGCAGCGCUCCGGGGCCGCGGGCCCCGCCAUCACCGCCGCCUUCCGCCGCCCAACCCGCGCCGCGCGACGCCCCCAUCCCCGCCGCCGCCGCCGUUCUCCCCCCUCCGCCGCCGCCACCACCGCCGCCGCUCGGGCGAGGAGCGGCGCUGCCGCCGCACUCCCCGCGGGCCAUGCGGCUCCGCGCCCCGCUAGGGCCGCGCCCCGCGCCGCCACCGCCCCAUGGAGGGGAGGGAUGGAGGGAUGGAGGGAUGGAGGAAGGAAGGGGCCCCGGGGGCGAGGCGCGGAGCGGCGCGGACCCCCUCCCCCCUUACCGCCGCCGAGCUGCUCCGCCGCCGCGCGGGGCGAGGGGCCGGCCGAGCCUGCGCACAGCGGCGGCGGCUCUGCCCAGCUCCCGGCGAGGACAAUGGGGUCCCUGCCUGGUACCACAGCAGCUGAAUGUGCCUCAAACCUGAAGAAGAUUUACAGAGUACAAACAGUGCAGGAUUUCUGGAGCGUCUACAACAACAUCCCUCCCGUGACGAGUUUGCCCCUGCGAUGCAGUUACCAUCUGAUGCGUGGAGAAAGACGGCCCCUGUGGGAAGAGGAAAGCAAUGCCAAGGGAGGUAUAUGGAAAAUGAAGGUCGCUAAAGAAAGUACGGCAGCAGUUUGGAAAGAGCUCCUGCUAGCAACUGUUGGAGAGCAGUUCACAGACUGCUGUGCUGCAGAUGAUGAAGUCAUAGGGGUGAGCAUCAGCGUUCGUGACCGUGAAGACGUUGUACAAGUCUGGAAUGGGAAUGCCUCCUUAGCAAGUGAAGCAAAAGUGUUAGAAAAGAUACAUAAACUUCUGCCUCACACCUCUUUCAGAGCCGUGUUUUACAAACCACACAGAGAGCACCAUGCCUUUGAAGGCCGACGUGGGAGACAUUAAAUGCAGCCUUACGUUUGUCACUGGCAGUGUGGUGAGGUGUCUGAGUGAGGAGGACUGCAGGAGGCCCUGCAGAAACACUACGCGUGGUGGUCCUCUUGAAUUGAAUGCUUCUCAUUGGGCUAUUGCUACUGAAAAUGAGGAAACACAGUUGCCCUGACUGCUGAAUGUGCCAUUCAUUACUUUUUGCUUGGUUGUGAUUUUCAUUCAUUGGUUUUUUUCUUUAAAAAGUUAUUUGGCCACUCUUUUUUUUUUUUUCCAAUCAGACCAUAUUCAUUCCUGUUAAGAUACAACACUUUGGGUUUCUCUGAACUAUUUGUAGUUUAAUGCAAACGUGCACAAACAUUGUAUGCUGCUUUUUUGAGAUGGAGGAAUACUGCCUUGGUGAAAUGUGUUUUCAAUUUUCUUUUUUGAGACAUUCCUAUCGUAUGAAGAUUUCCUCCUUGUCUUUGUCCCAGGAGAUGAAGGAGUUGCACAGCAUUAUCCUAAUGGGCUGUGUAAUCUGCUCUUGCACUGACAGCAGCACACAUCCUGCUAAAGUAAAUAGCAAAGUAUUCACUGAAUGGGCAACUGAAGAGAUGCAUUUAUAUGGGUCUGACCCUGGGUGAGAUUAUGUUGUGUUUAAAGUGUGGUGACUUCCAAAGAGCCCUGGUUCAGGCUAGAAUUCAGAGUAUUUGCAGUAAGAAGCCCUGUGAACCCCCCCACCUCCUAUUGAUUUAAGAAGGGAUGAUGAUUAUAAUCUUUUCACUGUAUGAUCUCUCUCUGUACAUCCAUGACAAAAGUCACAAAUUCUUUCUAACCCGUUUGCCUAACCUGAUCCAUCCCUCAUACUUCGGGAGAUGUUAGGCCUGCACCUAUAGAGGCUCAGAUCAGAAGUGCUGUUCACUUCAGUGCAAAGGAAGACAUUCUGUCCCUCAUACUUUCAAGCUGUCCAGGCUCCUUAGGCCAUCUAUUUUCUUUAAUUUACAGGAAACAAAUGGAUUUUGUUUUAUGGCACAAAUGUGAAUAUUAACCGUGUUAAUCUGUAAAUGUUUGUAUUAAUUGAGGUGUUUUGGUUUGCUUUACUGUUCUACCAAAGAUUAAUUUAUCUCCUUUUGCAAGAAGAAGCUGUAAGAUAGAGAGGGAUGUGCACUCUGCUCAGCAUUACCUUGUGGGUAAGAGUUCUUGUUUGGCAACUGGUCCAAUUGAGCUGAUCUCCACGUUUGGUGUAUUAAGAAGCAGCCAUUAGAAUCAAAUAUAGCAAUAAGAAUUACACAUAGGAGAGGUUAUUUUGUUUGUUUGUUUUUUACAACUUUGUAUUUAUGAAUUGAAACUGUGCAGUCAGUGAGCGUUAUUAAUUAAACACAUUUGUGAAAA